GAGCCUUACACGCGUGGUGGUGAAGAGUGCAUAUUUUGCCUCAUCCAUUUAUCAUCCGAUUCGCACAGAGCUUACGUUACUGCUUCCAAGUUCCAACCUUUCACACUUUUCCCCUGUAGAUAUCCGGUGUUUUACUACGUGGGAAAACCAAGACCUUCCGUCCAUGGCCGCCGUUUUGGAAACAAUCACCGUUCCUCGUGCCUCUGCGGCGUUAUUAUUUCCGAUCUCCGCUUCUUCCGUUUCCGUUCGCCGGAACUCCGUUAGGUUCGCAGACUUUCGAAGAUCUAAGAUCCAGCACUCUCGGUCCUCUUCUUCACUUGCCUCCAUCUCGAGAUUAUCUUCCUCUGGGCGUCGGAUUGUCUGCGAGGCUCAGAAAGUGGCUACCGAAGUACCACCAGUUUCUGAUGCAACAUGGAAAUCACUUGUCCUUGACUCUGAUGUUCCCGUCCUUGUUGAGUUUUGGGCGCCGUGGUGUGGUCCAUGUCGGAUGAUCCAUCCAGUUAUUGAUGAACUAGCAAAGGAAUUUGCGGGCAAGCUUAAAUGCUACAAAGUAAACACGGAUGAUUCCCCGGCAAUUGCAACCAAAUAUGGGAUUCGAAGCAUCCCAACAGUCAUGAUUUUCAAAAAUGGGGAGAAAAAGGAUGCAGUGAUUGGUGCUGUUCCCAAAUCAACAUUGUGCACCUGCAUAGAGAAGUUCUGUUAGAUUAUUUGCCCGGUAGGAAAUUCAGCCAUAUUUGUCUUUUGUUUAAACUCGCCACUCUUAUUUUAUUGUAUGUCUAUAUAUGGCUGUAAAACACCGAUUAUGCUUCUGUAUAGUCUGAAUAAUGCUGUAUUGCUUGCUGUUCACUCUAAGUGCAAUUAACUAAGUUCUGUGUUUUAUUUAGUCGGAAUAAGUAUGAAUCCCCAAUUUGAGUAAUUGCAGUCUUUGAAAAGUGAGUGUGUAUAUGGUACAACGGGCUGUAUCUAGAAUUAGGUACAUCCGAGUAGUACUCAUUCUGAAGUAAAGUAGUACUCAUUCU